UGUCUACAAAUAUUUGCUUUUUGGGGGUUGUUCUCAGUGCCAGAAUGUCAUACAUCUAGCUUGGUUAAAAAUCAUUUAGGAUAUUGUCACGAUCAUCAAUGGUGUUGAUGUCACACUCUAAGAUGGUGCUACUGUCACGAUCAGACUUGAACUAUAUUGCGCCAUCAAUGAUCGUGAUUGCCGAGGAUCUUGAAAUGAUCUUUCGAUAAGAUGAUCGUAUAGAAGUAGACAGAUCUAUGUUGAUGAUACGAUCAUACAGAAUGUUGCCAAUUGAUAAGAGGAUCAUCUAGGUCUAGGAGUUACUACUUGACAAAUAUGAUCUAAAUUUUUUUCCUAUUAACCUCAAGCUAAAAAGCUUAGGCUAUACAAAAUAGGCACUGGAUUUUAUUAUAACUUGACCAACAAUAUGUCUGAGAGAUUGAGAAAAAUCCUGACUCUGGUUUUUGUGAGAGAGCCAGGUAAAAUAUUGCUGGGAUUGAAGAAAAGAGGUUUUGGCUGUGGCUUGUGGAAUGGAUUUGGAGGAAAAGUUGAAAAAAAUGAAACAAUCCUUCAAGGUGCUAAAAGAGAACUUGUGGAAGAAUGUGGGAUUCAAGCAGAUGUUCUAGAGAGAAUAGGGCUUAUAAAUUUUGAAUUUGAGAAUGAUCCAGUAAUCUUAGAAGUUCAUGUCUUUCAAACAUUUCAUUACAUUGGUGAUCCAGUUGAAACAGAAGAAAUGAAACCUGAGUGGUAUAAAGAUGGUGAGAUUCCAUUCAAUCAAAUGUGGCCAGAUGAUAAGUAUUGGUUUCCAUACAUGCUACAGAAAAGAAAAUUUGAAGCUUACUUUUUGUUCAAAGGAAUGGAUACCAUACUGGAUUAUUGGAUAAAAGAAAGUUUGAAUGACUGUUGCAGCUCUGUUAAUAAAAUCAUAUAACUUUUU